GACGUCCCUUCCCUUUCAAGUCCCUCUCCCUCUCUCACACGCACACAAAUUUUCCUUUGAAGUGACUUAAAUUCUUGUUUUCUAACACCCUUCUUCAUUAACUGAGGAAAUAAUCAAAGGGAACAUCCCCUGCCCCCUCUUCUUUCUCUUCUCUCUCUUUGGAAGAGCAGGGGACUUCUUUGCGUCUCUCUAUCUCAAAGCAAAAUGGGAUGUUUGGUUUUCCUUCGUUAGUACAAGAAAGAUUAGAGUUUUGAAGGUGCUGGGUGAGAAGAGUUCUUCUGUACGGAUGGGUUCUUGCGCUUCGGUUCAGAAGAAUCCGGAUACCGCUAUGGGAUUUCGGCUGGGUUUAGGCGCUAAGGCCAAGAGGUUCUUCAUUCCUUGCCCUGCCAAAGAGAAGCCUUUGAAUGGGGAGGAGAACCCGGUUGGUGGGUUUGAUUUCAAGGGCAAGGUUGUGGACUCUGGAUUGGAUCUUAGGAGCCCAGUAUUUGGUAGUAAGGAGGAGAUCUUUUUUGACUCGCGGCCAUGGUUAGACUCCGACUGUGAAGAUGAUUUCUACAGUGUCAAUGGAGAAUUUACUCCGUCUCGUGGCAGUACUCCAAAUUACCAGACAACCACAACUGCAACACCUCGGCUAAAUGAUGCUUUCUUUAUCGACAAAUUUCCUGACUCUAAAUCAGAACCUUCUCCAACUGGUAGAAAAAAACUGGCUGAACUUCUUCGAGAAUCAUCGCAAGGUGAAAAGAAUAUCAAGGAACAAAAUGCUUCUGAUAACAAGAAAUUUGAAAUCAACGGGAAACCGGAUGGUGGCAAAAUCAGCUCUGACCAACCUCCGAAAUCAUUAGAUGGAAGUCCCUACAUCUCUGGAGCCAAUUCUGUGUACAGCGGUGAAGUGUCUCCCACUAGAGACCCUAAGAACAGAAAAGAGAGGACAUGGAAAAGUGUACAUUGUUGCUUGCCUAGUUUGGUACAGAGUUUUAACUUUGAUGAGAGGAGGCAGAAAAUGAGCCCAGGACCCUGUGCUGCCUGACGUCACCAUCGAUCUAGGAGAUGGCUUUGGCCUCAAUGAGUCUACCUGUUGGUUGCUGCAACUUGGGCAACACUAUUUAGAUGUCCAAUCUGUAUUUUAGUGUUCAUAUAGAACUGGAAUAUUAGCCGUUACACUUGUUCCUUGGAUACCUUUGAAAGUAUUAGAUGAUCGAAAUUGGUAUGACGGAGAGAGAAUGGUGGAUGUGUCUAUAUGUUAAUACCUAAUGGUCAUCAAAGUGCACUCUAAAACAUUUUACAAACAUGCAUCUCUAGUGUAGUUUUGGUGAUAUCAGUGAUCAGAAAAUCCAUGUAAUGGGGAAGGAUGAAGGAGAACCAAGGGACAUGCGUGUUAGGUAAAUUUGACUGUCCCUCGUGGUUGUACAUUUCUUAAAGUUGAUAAUCCUAGAGGCAAAAUGUUCGAAGAGUUUGGUAAUAUGUAAAGAAUUUCUAAUCUGAGCCUUAUUUUUUACGCUA